CUGGGGCGGGAAGUUUCUGCCGCGUCCUCGGGGCCACGCUCAGACUUCGCGGGGCGCCGCGGGCUUGGAUCCGGCCAGCGCGCAGGUGGCCAUGGGGCCUGGGCCCGCCCACUAGCAGGCUGCCAUGUCCCGCGAGGCGGGCUCCUGCCGCCUGGGCCCCGGGGCGCGGGCGCGGGCGCGGAAGCCCAAGAAGCCGCACUACAUCCCGCGGCCGUGGGGCAAGCCUUACAACUACAAGUGCUUCCAGUGCCCGUUCACCUGCCUGGAGAAGUCUCACCUGUACAACCACAUGAAGUACAGCCUUUGCAAGGACUCGCUCUCGCUGCUGCUCGACUCCCCAGUCCCAGACGCUCCCUCCACUCCAGACCCGGCCUCCCACGUCCUCUCCCUGCGCCGCCACAUCGGGGGCCCCAAGCGGGGGGCUGAUGGGUGCCCCGGGGCGCCAUCCCCCGUGGCCCAGGAUUCCCAGAAGGAUGUGGGCCUUGGGGGGCUCCUGGCCGAGGCGUGGAAGCCAGGGCCGGGCAGGGGCCGAAGGGGCAUAGCGAUGGUGGACGCAGCUGCGGCGGGCCCUGAGAGCGGCGGGGGCNCCUGCUACCCCCCCACCCCCAGCGAGUUCCCCGAGGCCCAGAGCCUCCAUCUGUCCCUGCUAGGGGUCAACUACCCGCUCGGCCCCAGUCUCUUCUCCUACCUGGGGCCCUCCCUGGCCGCCGCAGCCCACAUGCCCUUUCUGGCCUCGGCCAGCCCCCUGUUGCCCCCAGCCUCUGCUUUCCCUUCCCCACAGACCCCUGAACGCCCGGCCCUGGUCCCCCGCCUGUACUACCCCCUGCUCCUGGAGCAUAGCCUGGGGCUGCCGGAAGGCAAGUCUGCCCCUGCCAAGCCCCUGGCCCCCCUGAAGGGGCCCCCUGGGACUCUGACCCCAGGGCUGCUAAAGGUGCCAGUACCUGGGCUGGGCAGGCCCUGGCCCCGUGGAGCCCCCAGGGACUCAGGACAGGAGGGGGAGCUGGAGCGGGCUGCCCAGAGUGACCCCAAGAGGAAGCUACCCCUGGGAAGCAGGAUGGAGCCCCCGAAGGCCCCCUCCGGCACGGUGAAGUUCAGUGCCCAGAGCAGCUUUCGGACUGGCCCCUCCGUGGUGCUCUGCCCUGAGGACAAGGAGCCAGGCAACCCCGAGACCCCGGGCCCUGCAGGCCCCCUGCCCCAGCAGCCCUUGGGCCUGAUGCCAGCUGGCCCUGGGCACGUGGGUGAGGACCUGACUCGGGCCCUUGGUGACUAUGCCAGGGUAGAGCAGCGCCUGGGGCAGCUGGCGCCUGCGGGGGGCCUGGCCCCUCGGCCUCUGCGGGAGCAGCUGGGCAAGAUCCGCCAGGAGCUGCUCACCAUCCGCCAGGAGCUAGAGCGGGCUGUUCGACCACCAGAUGCACCCCUCGACCUCUCUGUGAAGCGAGCACCCACCAAGGGGCCCAAGGGGCCCGUGGGGGUCUGGGGGCAGCUGGAGCCGGGCCUCACGCUGGCCCGGGGGACCCCUGAGCCACCUAGCAUGCUGGGCCCCACCACAGCUGAGCCUUUCUCUAGGCACACCACCAAAUGCGAGGCUGAUUCCAGCGUCCCGCCCCCGGGCCUGUCCCUUCAGGCCCCAGAGGACCCUGUCAUUCCUGGCAGCAGCUGGGGUGCCUGUGGCGGGCCUGGGGGCUCCUGGCCCCCUGACGCUGUCCCUAGCCUCCAGAGCCCCCCUGGGGCCGAGGUCUGACCACACUGUCUGCUGCAUCCUCUGUUCUUAACAGACAGAGCCCUUCAACCCCAUGUCCACUGCCCAGCCCCGAACCUGCCCCAGCCCCAGGGGUGUGGCCUAGAGCCUGUCCAGCAUGCCCAUGGACCGACCUCACCUGCCGCAGCUGUGGCCUGUCUCUGGGGCCACAAGGGACAGCAGAGAGUCGUAGCUCCUUACUGAUCACAGCUGUGAACGUUUAAAUAG